GGCUGGUGGAGAGGGUAGUAGGGGGUGCGCUUACCUUUUGCGUUGGCCGCUUGCGAGAGGCCAAAUAUGGGGCUGGAUGGGGCAGUGGAGGGGUGCAGCCCCCUCGUGACGUCACUUGGUGGCGGCGGUGGCAGCGGCAUUCCCUUGUAAGGAGGGCGAUAUUUCGGGAGCGCGGAGUGGUCGCAACGGAUAUAGUCGCCUGCGCUCACCCAACGACGUUCACUCGCUUACCAGUCGUCAGCUGAGACGGAGCAUAGCGGUCUACCAGGUUAACUAAACAAGAAAGGAUAUCAACAUGUGUGACGACGACGUAGCCGCUCUUGUCGUAGACAAUGGAUCCGGUAUGUGCAAGGCCGGAUUCGCCGGAGAUGACGCUCCAAGAGCCGUCUUCCCAUCCAUCGUCGGCAGACCCCGCCACCAGGGUGUGAUGGUCGGUAUGGGUCAAAAGGACAGCUACGUUGGUGAUGAGGCGCAGUCAAAGAGAGGUAUCCUCACCCUCAAGUACCCCAUCGAGCACGGUAUCAUCACCAACUGGGACGACAUGGAGAAGAUCUGGCAUCACACAUUCUACAAUGAGCUGCGAGUCGCCCCUGAGGAGCACCCCAUCCUGCUCACAGAGGCUCCCCUCAACCCAAAGGCCAACCGUGAGAAGAUGACCCAGAUCAUGUUUGAGACCUUCAACACACCCGCCAUGUAUGUCGCCAUCCAGGCUGUCCUCUCACUCUACGCCUCCGGUCGUACCACCGGUAUCGUGCUUGACUCCGGUGAUGGUGUCUCUCACACAGUCCCCAUCUAUGAAGGUUAUGCCUUGCCCCACGCCAUCCUCCGUCUGGACUUGGCUGGUCGUGACUUGACCGACUACCUCAUGAAGAUCCUCACUGAGCGUGGUUACAGCUUCACAACCACCGCUGAGCGUGAAAUCGUGCGUGACAUCAAGGAGAAGCUGUGCUACGUUGCCCUGGACUUCGAGCAGGAAAUGGCCACCGCCGCUGCCUCCACCUCCCUGGAGAAGUCAUACGAAUUGCCUGACGGUCAGGUGAUCACCAUCGGUAACGAGAGGUUCCGUUGCCCAGAAGCCCUGUUCCAGCCUUCCUUCCUGGGUAUGGAAUCGUGCGGUAUCCAUGAAACCGUCUACAACUCGAUCAUGAAGUGCGACGUCGACAUCCGUAAGGACCUGUACGCCAACACUGUCCUGUCCGGUGGUACCACCAUGUACCCCGGUAUUGCCGACAGGAUGCAGAAGGAAAUCACCGCCCUCGCUCCCUCCACCAUCAAGAUCAAGAUCAUCGCUCCCCCCGAGAGGAAAUACUCCGUAUGGAUCGGUGGCUCCAUCCUCGCCUCCCUCUCCACCUUCCAGCAGAUGUGGAUCUCAAAGCAGGAGUACGACGAGUCCGGCCCAGGCAUUGUCCACCGCAAGUGCUUCUAAACGCCAACCACUCCAACCACCAACACCAACACCACCACGCUACUUAUUCUAUUUAUUUGCUAUUCACUUUUCGUAUUUCUAUCUCGUGAGUGAUUUCGGGUGAACUUCUCUUUAGGGAAGACCGCCGCCGAACACACUACUACUACAACAACCAAAACAAACACACAGACACACACACACAGCAACGCUCUGCUCUGUCGGUCAACGCCAUGUUCAUGACGCAUUAUCACUGUGCAAAUAUUUCGGAAUAAAAAAUCAUUACAAUUUCUUGGUUGACGGAAUCUCUCUUCAGCAAAUUCCCUUCCAACCAUACAUACCAAAGAACAACAAUUAUAAGCUUUUGCCGACAGUUAAAUAAAUAUAUUUAUUAUUUUAAAAUAUUUCAAAUUGAAAUGUCUAUUAUUUGAAUAAAAUUAAUUUAUAUUUAUAUUAUAA